AUGGCCGUUUGGAUUCUGGCGGCCGCUUGGCUCGCUCUUAUUGCUUUUGCCUCAUCUUUCACUUGUCCAUGGCUUCUCUCAAAUCGAAAAGGCUUAUUGUUACUUCAUUGGAUCUUCGCCAAUCUCAUCGACUCUUCAUGGAGUUUUUUCCCGGAGAAUGGUCAAAUCUCAUCUCGAUCUCUCCUUUUGCCUCUCGCCACAAUUGGACUAAUUUUCGAGAUCGCAACGAUGGCUGGGAAAAAAGAAGUCCAUUGUCGCGGAUCAGAAAGAGUUCUCUUUCUUGUUCUCAUUUUCUCCGUCGAUCUCUCAGUGAUCCUUUGUGCAAGAGCUGCUCCUUUUGAGGUUCUACUCGCGAUUUUCUCUCUUCUCACCUACCUCGGUGUGUAUCUCUGCUUCAAAAAAGCGAAAUCCCCGCACAAGAUGACGAUGAAAGAGAAAUAUUCACUUCAUUCAUCCGAUCUAUUCUAUGGAUGGGAAGAUCCGAUGAAAUGUUUAGGACUCUUGGGGAGAACUCAUUUCUUCACCAUUCUUGCGUUACUGUUGGUUCAGAUGAAUCUUUAUCUCUGCAAUUCGGAUUUCUUCCUAGAACAAUUGGGGAGAAUCUACAUUGAAUUACCGAGAUACUACAAGAAAACCUUCAUCUUAUGCGCUCCAUAUUUGUUGUGGCUAUUGUUCAUCAGUCGGUCAUUUUGUACGAUCUCGAUGCUUGGAAUGCCCGGAAUACUUGGAGCCUGGGUGCACACUCUAAAGACUUUCGGACGUUGGUGGGCGAGUCGAAAAGAGAGAAAAUCACAAAUGUUAGCACAAGAUGCGGAUGAUCUCAUUGCGAAUGUUUCCACA